UACAAACAUUUGUGGGACCCACGAGAAGGAUGGGCAGAGAAUCCUAUCCUUAUCCUGGAUUACAUUAUCAUCUACACAACCAAACAUUUCUCUCCAUCUCCCGCCGGCGGGGAAAAACUAAACUCUCACCGAGAGUGAAACCAUGGCUUACUCUUCCGCUCUAUUUUCUCCCGUCAAUUUCAACCAAUUGACAAAUUGCUCUCGCACAAAGCUCACCAAGCCUCACCGGAGAACUGUCGUCUCCGCCAUUCCGCCGCUGUCCACCGCCACCGACGUCUCAGCACUGACCGGGCUCGACGGCACCACUCUCGCCGUCAUCGGCGGCAGCUCCGUGGCGGCGCUGGCGGCGGUGCUCUCGCUGUCGGACCCCGAGCGGCGGCGCCAGUUGCAGGCGGAGGAGGUCGGCGGCGGCGACAAGGAGGUGGUGAGGGAGUAUUUCAACAAGGACGGGUUCCAGAGGUGGAAGAGGAUAUACGGAGUCGGCGACGACGUGAACAAGGUCCAGCUGGAUAUCCGGUUGGGGCACUCGAAAACCGUCGAGAAUGUGAUGAAGAUGUUGACCGAUGAGGGUUCUCUGAAGGGAGUGACCGUCUGCGACGCCGGGUGUGGGACCGGGUGUUUGUCGAUUCCGUUAGCGAAAGAAGGCGCCUUAGUAACGGCCAGCGAUAUUUCAGCUGCCAUGGUUGCUGAAGCCGAGAAACAGGCACAAGAAGAGCUUUUAAAAGGGAGGGAUGAGAAGCUCCCUACACCAGUGAUGCCCAAGUUUGUAGUGAAGGAUUUGGAAAGUUUAGAUGGGAAGUAUGACACUGUUGUGUGCCUGGAUGUUUUGAUUCAUUACCCACAGAACAAGGCAGAUGCAAUGAUUGCUCAUCUUGCAUCCUUGGCCGAGAAUCGCCUAAUUCUGAGCUUUGCCCCGAAGACAUUUUAUUACAAUCUCUUGAAGAGAAUCGGGGAGUUGUUCCCUGGACCUUCGAAGGCCACGAGGGCAUAUUUGCACGCGGAAGCUGAUGUAGAGCAGGCAUUGGCAAAGGUGGGGUGGAAGAUAAGGAAGAGAGGUUUGGUAACCACACAGUUUUACUUUUCAAGGCUCGUUGAGGCCGUCCCUGCUUAGGAUGCGGGCAAAGACGACAGGUUAUAUCACAUUUUUGCUCUUUCUUUCAUUGAUUUCUUGAUGAUUAGGAACGAACAAUAACCUCAUCAUCAAUUAUUGUCUUGUGAGUUAGUCAGAGUUGGGUGGGUUGGGUUGGUGUCAAUGAUUUCCUUGAGGCGAUGCUAUAAAAGUACAACUAUAGAUGACAGGAUGUGUGUCCAGGAAUAGAUUAGAGGAUUAAGUUUUGUAAAAAGUGUAUUCUAUAUAUUGUAUUCAUGCUUUUUGCAUUCUCCCUCAGUCCUCAUCUCUCACUUAUCAGUAAAUCAAAAGGUAAGUAAACAUGCUCCCCUCUCAGAUCAGUGUGAAAUGUACAUCUUUUUCCUGGCAUGGUUGCA